CAACUGCUCUCCAGAGAAAUUGGCUUUCUAAGACAAACCUACAAGGAACUCCCUGCCCCUGAGGUGGACCUGCCCCACAGCAGUGGAGCUGUGCUCAGUGGCAGGACAGAGCUGCAGAAGGCCAUGGAGCACAGCAGCAGGCUGGACAAGGAGAUCCUGGCACUACGGGCACGGGUGCAGGCACUUGACCUGGAGAGAAAAGCCUUCCUUGAUCUGGUCGAGCAGCUGAAGGAGGAGAUCUCUGAGUAUCAGAGGAGCGGCAGGAGAAGGCUCCCACUGCCUGCCCCAGCCCAGGCUGAAGAAGUUGCUGUGUCCUCGCUGCAGGGCACAAAGGAUGAAGGGAGGCCUGAAGGAGGCUGUGUUUCAGGCAAGGCUGGCAUGGAUCAGGAAGACAGGCAGCAGGGUGGAGACAGACUUCAUAAACGGUGCCGAGAGGUGCUGGGAACCAGGGAGGGCAGGAGCUGGGAGCCCCCUCACAGGCUGCAGAACCUGGAACAGGAGCAGGAGGACUCGGUGGAGUGCAACGAAGAGCUGGAGUCAGCCCUGGGAGGGACACAGAUCCACAGCAGGCAGGAGAAGGAGCAGCUGGAGGCACUUCACUGCAAGAUCCUGAGCUCAGGAGCAGAGGCAGUUGGCGAGCAGGGGAGCAGAACAGAGCUGAGUGGAGAAGAGCAGGCAGCAGCUGGCACACGAGAGAUACAGCAGGUCUCUGAACUGCUCCAGGAGACAGAACAGGCUCAGGAGCUGGAGCAGGGCCAGGAAGAUCCACGUCCAGGCGAAGGAGAGCUGACUGCAGUGGGGCUGCUGGAGGAACAGAUCAAGAGCUUGAGGGAUGAACAAGACCUGCUCUGUUCUGAGUUACUGGAGAGCCACAAGAAGAGGGAGGAGCUGGAGAAGCAGCUGAAGGAGAGCAGUGAAGAGAAGCAGCUGUGGGUGGGUGAGGAGCAGGCUCUGGCUGCCCGGGCAUGGGGCCCCAGCGUGCGGGAGGAGCCCCUGCGGAUGAGCCAAGGCAUGGAGCCCGGAGACACCAGGCCCCUGCUGGCCCAGAGCGCUGCAGGCAGUGCAGGUGGCAGCGUGGCACAGAGACUGCCUGACAAGAGAUGCCAGCAGCAGGAGAAGAUGCAGCAGCUGCAGCAGGAGGCAAAGAUGCAGCAGCUGCAGCAGGAGCUGCACCACGCCCAGACCUUGUGCAGCUCGGCGGAGAGGGAGCUGAGCACUGAGAGGGAGAAGAAUGUGGAGCUGCAGAAGCAAAACCUCUUGCUCCAGCAGGAAUGCACCAAGUGGGAGAAGAGCCAGCAGAAGGUGCAGGAACUUGAGCAGGAGCUCUUGAAGAGUUCCCAGGCUGAGAGACUGCAGAGCAGCCUGCAAGAGAAACUUGCACAGGAGAAAUCCAAAGCCUGCGAAGCACAGAAAAAGAUCUCAAAACUCCAGCAAAAGCUGAAAGCUGCCCAGCAGCAGCUCCUGCUGGCAGAAGCCCGUGGGUCAGACAAGAAACUGCUGGAGGAGGAGCUGAAGGAGGCCCGAGAAAGCGAAGCUCGUUUGCAACAAGAACUUCAGGAGGAGCAGCUGAAGAGGAAGCUGCUGGAGCAGCAGGUGGAGGAGCUGCGGCAGCAGCUGCGGCAGUCGCGGGAGGCAGAGGCGUCGCUGGCCAAGAUGCAUCUGGAGCUGCAGGCCAAGACCCUGCACCUCCUGGAGGAUGAGAGGAAGAGUGACUCAAGCGAGCUCCAGCGCCAGCAGGAGAAGCAGAAGCUCUCUGAGCAACUGACGCUGCUGAAGGAGGACAACAAAGCCCUGUACGAGGAGGGAGUUGGCCUGCUGAAGCAGAAGGAGCUGUGUGUCAGGAAGUACAACGAGAUGCAGCUGCGCCACAAGGAGAAGCUCCGCAGGGCCAAGGAGACCUUCAUCCACGAGGUGAAGCAAAGGGACAGAAGGAUUAAGCAGCUGGAGAAUGAGCUCAGCCUGACAAAGCUCCAAGUGGAGAAGGGGCAGGUGCUGAUGGCACAGCUCAGUGCCAAGAACGAGAGACUACUGCAGGAAAGAAGAGAGCUCCUCCAGAAGAGAAGUGACCACGAGGAGCCCCCUUGGAGCAGCUGCUGUGCAACAGGCACCCUGCAGAGCAGGUGUGAGGUGCCAAGGGUGCAGGUCCUGGACGAGGAGGAGGUGCAGCUGCAGCACAGCAAGCUGCAGCUCUCUGGCCACCUGCCCAGCUCGCAGCGUGCGCCCAGGAGCGGCCACACAGCCGGCGUGGAGGACUCUAAGAGUGUUCACGUCCCUGAGCGCCAGCUCCAGAGUAAGCUGCUGCCAUCUCCCCAUCCCAGCUUCCCAGCACGAGAGCCACCAGACUCUCCCAGACUCUCCACCCGAGACACCAAGCCUGAAGGAGAAGCUGAAAGCCAAGACUCAGCCUUUUGCUUCUGCCCCUCUCAGCCUUCUGAGAUCAGCUACUUAAAUGUAGCUUGGCCUGGAGACACCACAGCCUGCCAGCUGCAGGAGGAGAGUCAGAGCCUCAGCUCCCAGAACUUCUAACUGGGGGAAGAGGUUUGGGGAACACGAGCUGGGCUGGGAGGUUUGGAGCUGCUGUGGCCAGCGCUGCCAAGGGCUGCAGGGGCAGAAUGGCCACAGCAGCUGGGGCAUCGCUGGGGUCAGUUCCAAUGGAUGCAUCAGCAGCUUUGGAGCAGCUCCAGCAGU